AUGGUCGUACACUUGUCAUGUAUUUAUAAAACAAUCAAAAAAGAAGUAACUUGUAAUGAGAUUUUCUCUCAGGUGGAAUACGAACUGCGGAAGAAUCUUCCGCCACAAUUUCCAAAAGCAAACAAUGACAUUUAUAUAACAAGGCAUACAAGUAUCGCAGCGCAAAAGGCUCGUAUAAUUAAACUUCUAGACGAGAAAGUGGAUGAAGUUGUACUUCAUGGCCUAGGAGCAGCCGUUAGCCGGACGAUAAAUGUUGCGUUACAGAUCCAGCGGAAAUUAGUCGAUACGGUGAAAUUAGAUGUAAAAACUGGUACUAUUAAGGUUACGGACAGUUUGUUCCCAUUAUACGACGAAGUGGAUUUUAAAACACGAAAUCGCUUAAUUUCAGCUGUACAUAUACGAAUAUCUCGACGAGUACUCUGCAUUACUGAUGGAUUGGUCUUGAGUGCUCGAUUGGUGUUGCAUAGUAAAAUGUUUAAAAAAGUCACUAUUUUGCGUAUCUCAGUAGCUGUACCAUGGGUUAUGCGUACUCUUACCACAUUUUCAAGACCACCUCGUAUUGCUGUUGUUGGUUCUGGGCCAGCUGGUCUAUAUGUUUGCGCUAGAGUACUUCGCCGAAUACCAGAAUGCUAUUUGGAUAUUUAUGAAAGUAAUAUGGUACCAUAUGGUUUAGCCCGGUACGGAAUAGCGCCAGAUCAUCCCGAAAUGAAAAACUGCAUAACGCAUUUUGAUAGAUUGUUCGUCGAAAAUCAAAAUAGACUGAAGCUAUUUUGCAAUGUUUACAUUGGCCGAGAUAUCAAAUUUGACGAACUUUGUUCGGAUUAUGAUGCUGUGGUACUAGCAUACGGUGCACGACGUCAGAGGCGAUUAAAGAUUCCAGGAAUCGAUGCGAUGAAUGUUUUUUCGGGUGGCGAUUUUGUAUUUUGGUAUAAUGGAAUGUCUGGUAUCAAAGCGCCGCUUUUGAACUGCAGAGAAGCGAUCAUCAUUGGCAAUGGUAAUGUAGCGUUGGAUUGUUCACGUGUGAUUCUUUCAUCCGGAACAGAUCGCUUACUAAAGACCGAUAUCCCAACAUCCAUACUUGAUACUCUUUCGCGUUCUCAGAUACGUCAUGUGACCAUUGUUGGUCGGAGAGGUCCACUCGAUGUUUCAUUCACCAUAAAAGAAUUACGGGAACAAAUCACACUGCCAAAUUGUUCAUUUUCUGUAGAAAUUGAAAGCUCUGACCUGCUCGCUGUGAAGGAGGCACAACAGACAUUACCAAGACCAAAGAAACGCAUUGUGGAACUGAUUUUAAGUAACAAUCAUGUACACAAACCAAAAUCUGAUCGUCUUUGCAAAUUAUUGUUUCGAAGGACGCCAACAAAGGUGGUGACGGAUGGUCGCGGUCUGGUCAAGGCACUACAAGUAACUCAUUCAUUAAAUGGCCAUAAGGAAGAUCUUCCAUGUGGUCUGCUACUUUACUGUAUUGGAUUCGAAAAUUUUGCUCUAGAUGGAGUACCAGUGAACGCAAAUGGCGAAAUCAAAAUGCUUGACAGUGUUCGUGUAGCAACGGAAGAAGAAAUUUUAGUUUAUGCGGCGGGCUGGUGCGCACAUACACCUCGAGGAAUUAUUGCACAUACGCAGAUGAAUGCUAGCAAUGUAGCCGAUCGACUGGGUUCCGAUCUGCAAAAAUAUGGUUUGAAAACUACGCAAGUUACGGGUUCGCAUCAACGAUUAAUAUCACGGAAAAUUAACUAUCUGACAUGGAAUGACUGGAAGAAAAUUGAUGAGGAAGAGAAGAAAUUAGGCGUCGUACUUGGAAAAAAACGGGAGAAGUUGCUGAAUUUUGAAAAUUUCAUUCCUUCUAACAAAUCUAAAUAA